AAAAGCCUGCUUGUUUUCACCAAGCAGCGGAAUGAAAAACCUUAGAAAAAAAAAGUAACAUUUUAGGAAAAGUAACUUUUUUUUCCUCCACAAUUUUCUUGUCUAAAGAGGAUUCAUUUGAAGAACACAUCCUUAAAGUGAUCUGUCUGGAACAUAAAGGAAGCACCACAAUGCACAGGGGAGAAAAGGCUAAAACCCCGGAUGGAGGAUGGGGAUGGAUGAUCGUGCUGCAUUUUUUUCUGGUAAAUGUGUUUGUGAUGGCAAUGACCAAGACAUUUGCAAUAUUCUUUGUGGUCUUUCAAGAAGAGUUUGAAGGCACUUCAGAGCAAAUUGGUUGGAUUGGAUCCAUCAUGUCAGCACUCCGUUUCUCUGCAGGUCCCCUGGCUGCUAUUAUUUGUGACAUACUCGGAGAAAAACCUACCUCCAUUCUUGGGACUUUCCUUGUUUCUGGUGGCUAUCUGGUCAGCAGUUGGGCCACAAGCAUUCCCUUUCUUUGUGUGACUAUGGGACUGUUACCUGGAUUGGGGUCUGCUUUCUUGUACCAAGUAGCUGCUGUGGUAAUUACCAAAUAUUUCAAAAAACGAUUGGGUCUUUCUACAGCGAUUGCCCGUUCUGGAAUGGGACUGACGUUUCUGCUGGCACCCUUCACAAAAUUCCUGAUAGAUCUUUAUGACUGGACAGGUGCUCUUAUAUUAUUUGGAGCUAUUGCAUUGAAUUUGGUGCCUUCCAGCAUGCUCUUAAGGCCCAUCCGCACCGAAACAGUGAACAAUUCUGGUAUCAAAAACAAAGGUAGCAGUUUGUCUGCAACUGGACCCGAGGCAUCAAACAGGACAGAAACAUCAUACUGCAAUGAGACACAAGAGUCUUGUAUCCAAAGCAUUUCUAUGAAGAAAUCUGAACAACUGACUAAAAAUUUAACUGUCUUAGAACAUCAAAGUGAAGAGUUCGACAAUGGACCUCACAGGAACAGACUGUCACUUAUGAGCAAUGACAAAAGUUACCAAAAAAAGUUUGUUUCAUGGAAAUGUAAACAAAAUCUUUUAGAUAUUUCUCUCUUUAGGAAUCCUUUCUUCUAUAUAUUUACCUGGUCUUUUCUCCUCAGUCAACUAGCCUAUUUCAUUCCUACUUUUCACCUAGUAGCCAGAGCCAAAACUCUUGGAAUUGACAUAAUGGAUGCCUCCUACCUUGUAUCUGUAGCUGGUAUCACUGAGACAGUCAGUCAGCUUAUUUCUGGAUGGAUUGCUGAUCAAAACUGGAUCAAGAAGUAUCAAUACCAUAAAUUUUACCUCAUUCUAUGUGGUGUUACUAACCUGCUUGCUCCUUUAGCCACCACAUUCCCACUCCUUAUGGCCUAUACCAUCUUUUUUGCCAUUUUUGCUGGUGGCUACCUGGCACUGAUACUCCCAGUACUGGUCGAUCUGUCUAAGAAUUCUAGAGUGCACAAGUUUUUGGGAUAUGCCAGUUUCUUUGCUGGAAAGGCUGUCCUUUCUGGACCACCGAUAGCAGGCUGGAUAUAUGACUAUACACAGACAUACACAGGCUCUUUCUACUUCUCUGGCACCUGCUAUCUCCUCUCUUCAGGCUCCCUUUUCUUUGUACCACUGGCUGAAAGAUGGAAAAGCCAACAGCCUGACCUUCGAAGGACUACAAUCAAGUGAGAGCUUAACGAAAGAAAAUCCAAACAAGCCACUGGAAACAAAAGCGCAGAACAAAAAUCUCUGUAAAAAUGAGAAAGUAAGCCAUAUAAUUUUU